AUGGCUGCGGACGACUCAACGAGCAACAAAAGCUCGAACAUGAGCUAUCCGUCAGCCAGCGUGCUUACGUGUGCAGCGAGGGUGGCAAAUCCUGCUGCGGCCGACCACGGAGUCCUCACACCGGCCGUCACAUUCAGGCCAGCCUGCGCGAUGAAAGACGGGUGCCGUCAGUACCAAGUUCUGGCGGUGCGCAUCAACACGGCGGACAAACCGAAACUUGGCAUUGUCCUCAGUGUGUACCGCGGUGCUUUGUACCCGCGCAAAAAGGGCGCCUCCAGCAGCGUCUGCAACAUCGUCGGGGCACCCUUGGAAUGUGAAUACACUUCCAAGAUCCAUGUCUGCCUCCUGUCUCUCGAUGGCCCGAUGGAGAAUGCGUCCACCAGCUUCCAUGCAUCCUGCUGCAGCCCAGUGGUCGUCUUGGACCCCAUGUCCGAGCAGGGAACCGUGCUGGGCGAGAUCAGCGAGUCCAUGGUGGCAUUCCGCGAGACGCGUGUCAGGCUCCAUGUGGCUGUGCUUGCCGCAGUGGUCGAGACGCUCCUGAAUCUCCGAGCCCACGGUGUCCGGAAAGAAAGGCAGCGUGAUCUACUGGACGGCCGAGCACUUCCUGCAGAACAGCCAUGGCCGAAACAACAUCGCCACGUUCGCCGACGAGCUCCUGAAGUACCACGAGGCGGCCACUGGGCGCCGGCUUUUGGACGAUCAGGGCGCCCUACUGAUCGAUGGGAAGCCGGAGUGGGCAGGGCUUCGCCUGCUGGUGGCCGGGUUCUUCGACAAGGAGCACCUCACGUACACACGUGCGGCUAA